AUGAGCCAAACUGGUCCUAUUACUCAAUCUGAUAUUGUUAACAACCUUAUUCAGGGUGAAACAACUGAAGCUCCACCUCCAUUGGUACAAAGUAAUGAAACAAACAAUGAUGAAGAAAAUGCUAAUAAGAAAAGAAAGAUUGGAGAAGCUUCAAAAUUGGUCACAUCCAAUGAUCCUAAUGUUGUAGCUGGAGAUUCAGGUAACAGAAAACCUAUUAAACCUAGAUCUUGGACUUGGGAACAUUUUACAAAAAUAGGAUCAAGAGCUAAGUGUAAUUGGUGUGAUGUAACAUAUGCUGCUGAUUCACAAAGAAAUGGCACUAGUAAUUUGAAACACCAUUUAUUGCAUCAGUGUAAGAAGUUUCCAAAAGAGUCUCUUGAUCCCACUCAAAAGACACUUGUUCUUUAA